AUUUCCCAUCCCCAACCUCUCUCUCUCCCCCCUAGGAGUGGGAGCUCCUGGCUCCAUCUAUCCGCCUGCAGAUAUCACAAGCUUUUCCUGCUGCUGCUGCUGCAGCAGCACCUGCAGCUUCUCCGUCUGCAGUGCGAGCAGCUGCUAAAAAUUCCCCCAUAAGCCUCUGGCUUCCUGCCCCCCUCACUUUCUUGGAAGCCCAGCACAACACGAGGAUCAUAUUCACUCCCUACAGUGGCGUACUAGAAUACCAGUUGUGCGCAAACAGCGGCAGCAGCCGUGAUGUACAGGUGAGCUGGCUCUGCCGCUCCACUCCAUGGAGGAUCUGUACAGCAUCCACCCGGGGAUCUCGCGGGUCGUCGGAGGCGCGGCGAGCGAGGCGUCCGUCGCCGGCGCCGGCGCCGGCGGGCCCUCGCCGUCGGAUCUGACGGAGCUCAUGAAGGCGCAGAUCGCCAGCCACCCUCGCUACCCGUCCCUCCUCUCCGCCUACAUCGAGUGCCGCAAGGUGGGAGCGCAUCCGCAUGUGACGUCGCUGCUGGAGGAGGUCAGCCGGGAGAGGCGCCCCGACGCCGGCGCCGGGGAGAUCGGCGUCGAUCCUGAGCUCGACGAAUUCAUGGACGCUUACUGCCGGGUGCUGGUGCGCUACAAGGAGGAGCUGACCCGGCCGUUCGACGAGGCCGCGUCGUUCCUGAGCAGCAUUCAGGCGCAGCUCAGCGACCUCUGCAGCGGUGGAAGCUCGCCGGCGGCUACCGCCACGCACUCCGAUGACAUGAUGGGCUCCUCUGAGGAUGAGCAAUGCUCAGGGGACACUGAUGUGCCAGACAUGGGGCAAGAACAUAGCUCUCACUUAGGUGACCACGAGCUCAAGGAGAUGCUUCUUAAGAAGUACAGUGGAUGCCUCAGCCGUCUUCGUUCAGAGUUCCUGAAGAAGCGGAAGAAAGGGAAGCUACCGAAGGAUGCUCGGACGGUGUUACUAGAGUGGUGGAACACGCACUACCGCUGGCCUUAUCCUACGGAGGAAGACAAGGUGAGGCUCGCAGCAAUGACCGGUCUCGACCCGAAGCAGAUCAACAACUGGUUCAUCAACCAGAGGAAGAGGCAUUGGAAGCCAUCUGAGGACAUGCGGUUCGCGCUCAUGGAGGGUGUUGCCGGUGGGUCUUCUGGGACGACACUCUACUUCGAUACAGGCACAAUUGGACCCUGAAUCAUACACCACUUGGGAUGACAACUGGCCAGCUCAUAUUAGUAAUAAGAUCUGGCAUGUGGAGUGACGAUCUGCUCGGUGAAAAUUGAAAAUAAAUCUGCUGAGCUGAGGUUGAUCAGACUAGUCAGUUGCCCUAUUAUUUUACAAGAUCAUGUGUAUAUGGUGCCGUCGUAUCAGAACAAACUGUAUGCAUGUAUGGGCGAAUUGAGACCUGCAAAAGGAGUUUAAUUAGUAGUUUCAAGUAUUGGCUCAUGGAUUUGUAAUACUCGCUACCCAAUUUAAUUGUUAGAUAGGCUGAAGGGCUUAUAAAGGUAAAUUUACUUCUGCUCUUCC